UGUGGACCCGACCCUAAAGUUUGCUGUCAAUUUGAUUUCAAGCGUUUGCCGCCAUCGAGAGUGAAGUGUCCGUGGAAAGCACCUCCGCAUAAAAUUACCGACUCUAAUGUUCACGAAAGAUCUCAACUACUUUUGGAUCAAUACAGGAAGAAGUCUAUUCUUUUUAAGACUAAAUCUCUUUUAGUGCCUUUAGGCGAUGAUUUCCGUUUUGAUAAAUCAGAGGAAUGGGACGCACAGACCAGCAAUUAUCAGAAACUUUUUGAUUACAUGAACUCAAAAUCUGAUUGGAAUGUUGAGAUCAAAUUCGCGACAUUAGGCGAAUAUUUCAAAUCAUUCAAGUCUACGAAUGUAUUUCCCACCCUUUCUGGAGACUUCUUCACGUAUUGUGAUCGCGACGACCACUACUGGAGUGGUUUCUAUACCUCUAAACCUUUCUUUAAACGCUUUGAACGCAUAUUGGAAUCGCAUUUGAGA